AUGCCGGAUGACAGCCGGCCGGAGUUCAAACACCGAACGCGUCGCAACGCGUCAGGCAACGCGACGACAGACAAGUAUUCACUCAUUUUCAUGUCAGUAUUGCUCUGCCAAUGGGUGCAGAUCGAACCCAGAAACGCAGCGGAGCACACACUAUCCGAAUUGGACGACAGCAUCAAACUUACAUCCUUCAUAAUAGAACGUGAGCUUCAGACAUCGUACGAAAAAUCGUCUGUCGAGGACGAGUCGGCCACCCCGAGCGGAGUACCAAAGUUUCUGAUGGGACAUCAGCGCGGAGAUUACCGGACGUGGAAGCAGAGCCUGAAACGCGAGCACAUCUUUUAUAUCUCGAAGACUACUGGCAUCCGUGUCGAAGACAUCGAGGAGCUCGAGAACGCGUUGCUUAGCGAUCCCGAGUUCGAGGAGGUGCAGGUGUGGGGGUUCAGGGUCAACCGGCGUUUCUUGCAGGCUGCAGUUGAAUACGGCCACUAA